AAACUUUUAUCAGAUCUGAUUCCACCAAAAGUCCGUGGCUCACAGUUCACCUACCAUGGCCCCAAUGGCGCGUGUGUACGCCGCGCUGGGCACGAAUCUAGGUGACAAAGUGGCGAAUCUAGAGAAUGCGUUGGCCAUGUUGACACAAACCGUAGGGCCAGUAGAAGCGACCUCCCGCCUCUACACUACAGCACCGCAAUACGUGGAAGAUCAGCCAGCCUUCCUCAACAUCGUGGCCAGACUGCGGACGGAGCUCAAGCCGAAAGAACUGCUUGGAGCCUUCAAGACCAUCGAACGGGAGAUCGGACGCACGCCAUCUCUUAGAUGGGGACCCAGACUCAUUGACGUCGACAUCUUGCUCUACGACGACCUGGACCUGAAGACGGACACGGAAGAAGGACCUUUGAUUGUCCCCCACGAGCGCAUCGCUGAAAGAGAUUUUGUACUCGCUCCACUAUGUGAUUUGGCUCCAGAUUUGGUGCAUCCAGUGUUGAAGCAGUCUAUGCAGAAACUGUAUGACACGUUGCAGACUGGUGAACAGCGUUAUGUGCCUCCGGUUCCAAUGCUACCUGUUGAUAAAAGUGCGCCGUGGUCUUUGGGUAGCAAGACGUUCGUCAUGGGGAUCGUGAAUGUCACUCCGGACAGUUUUAGUGACGGAGCGGAGCUGGCAACAGUGGCUGCUGCAGUGCAAAAGGCGUUGGAGAUGGAACGCGCUGGUGUGGAUAUUGUCGACAUUGGUGGGGAAUCUAGUCGUCCUGGAGCGGAAUCUGUGACUGAAGAGGAGGAAUUAAAGCGCGUAUUGCCGGUAAUUCGUGGCCUUCGCGAGAAAAGCAAGAUUGCUAUCUCCAUCGACACCACCAAGGCGGAAGUUGCACGCCAAGCGAUUGACGCAGGGGCGAAUAUUGUCAACGACAUUUCUGCGGGGCUGAAAGACCCGGAUAUGCUCGCUACGGUCGCUAAACUACGGGUACCGAUUGUGCUGAUGCACAUGCGAGGCACGCCGAAGACUAUGACCGGACUCAAGGAGUACGAAGAUGUAGUAACCGAAGUCAGCGAAGUUCUUAACGAACGUGUGGAGGCUGCAGAGGCUGCUGGGAUCUACCGCUGGAACAUCAUCCUAGACCCAGGAAUCGGAUUUGCGAAAGCUCGCGUUCUCAACCUGAAGCUGCUUCGGAAGCUCUCAACCGUGAAAGAGACCUGCCACGGAUUACCCCUACUGGUGGGGUCGUCCCGCAAGGGAUUUAUCGGCGAGAUCUGCACUCGCCCUGACCCGAAAGACCGUGCUUGGGGUACCGCUGCCACUUGCUGCGCUGCUAUCCAACAAAGAGCUGACAUUUUACGCGUUCACGACGCAGCUGAGAUGGUGGACGUUGCGAAAAUGUCGGAUGCUAUUUGGCGAGAAGGGUAGAAAUAUUUACGCCGCCUAUAGACUCACGAACUGGUGCCGUAUUUCCAGCAAUAAAGAGCAUGAUGAAGUGCUAAGCUUACCCCAC